AUGAAGGAAGUGGUCUACUGGUCACCCGAGAAGGUGGCAGACUGGCUGCAGGAGAAUGCUAUGCCAGAGUACUGUGAGCCUCUGGAACAUUUCACAGGCCGGGACUUGAUCAGCCUCACCCAGGAGGAUUUCACGAAACCCCCGCUGUGCCUAGUCACCUCUGACAACGGGCAGCGGCUCUUGCACAUGAUAGAGACCCUGAAGAUGGAGCACCACUUGGAAGCACACAAGAAUGGCCAUGCCAACGGGCACCUCAGCAUUGGCACCGGCAGCCCCGCCCCUCACGGCAGCUUCAGCAUCAAGGUCAAACCCAACGGGAUGCCCAAUGGGUACAGGAAGGAAAUGAUCAAGAUCCCCAUGCCAGAACCGGAACGCUCCCAGUACCCCAUGGAGUGGGGCAAGACUUUCCUGGCCUUUCUUUAUGCACUUUCCUGCUUUGUUCUCACCACAGUGAUGAUCUCGGUCGUCCAUGAACGAGUACCUCCCAAGGAGGUGCAGCCUCCACUACCGGACACGUUUUUUGACCAUUUUAACCGGGUGCAGUGGGCCUUUUCUAUUUGUGAAAUUAACGGCAUGAUCCUUGUGGGACUCUGGUUAAUUCAGUGGCUGCUCUUAAAGUACAAGUCUAUUAUUAGCAGAAGAUUUUUCUGCAUAGUUGGCACGCUGUACCUGUAUCGGUGUAUUACAAUGUAUGUAACCACACUCCCAGUACCCGGUAUGCAUUUCAACUGCUCUCCGAAGCUUUUUGGAGACUGGGAAGCCCAGCUGCGGAGGAUAAUGAAACUCAUCGCUGGCGGCGGCCUGUCCAUCACAGGCUCCCACAACAUGUGUGGGGACUACCUGUACAGUGGCCACACGGUCAUGCUCACACUCACCUACCUAUUCAUCAAAGAGUAUUCCCCUCGACGACUGUGGUGGUACCACUGGAUCUGUUGGCUUCUCAGCGUGGUGGGAAUCUUCUGUAUUCUCUUAGCGCAUGACCACUACACUGUGGACGUGGUGGUGGCAUACUACAUCACCACAAGACUCUUCUGGUGGUACCACACUAUGGCCAAUCAGCAAGUGCUAAAAGAAGCUUCCCAGAUGAACCUCCUGGCCAGAGUGUGGUGGUACAGGCCAUUUCAGUACUUUGAAAAGAAUGUCCAAGGAAUUGUACCUCGAUCUUACCACUGGCCCUUCCCCUGGCCGGUAAUCCACCUUGGUAGGCAAGUUAAAUACAGCCGACUGGUAAAUGACACCUAA